UCUGAUUGAAACAGAUUGUGGCGUUCCGCGGGUCGCAAUGGCAACUGUCCGAACAGGACGGCAGCAGCAACUUUUUCCGUGUUUGUAAUGUUACGAAGACAUUAUAACUCGCCGAGGAAACUACUUUCUAAUGUGACUAAAAGGCGUUGCACUAUUUCUCCAGUCUGAAAAUGUCCCAGGGAUGUACAGUUUCUGUGGAAGAGAUCCAGUCUUGGUGGGAAGUCCCCGCCAUAGCCCACUUCUGCUCGCUGUUCAGGACAGCGUUCAACCUUCCAGACUUUGAAAUAGAGGAGCUGGAGAAAGCCCUGUCAGAGCAGGACUUGGACUUUCUCGGGGACCUCAUUGCGUGUCUGUUGCAGGGAUGCUACCAGCGCAAUGACAUCACCCCCCAGGCAUUUAGCAGUUACCUGGACGACAUCAUCAGCUACCGGUGGGAACUGGAAGAAGGGAAGCCCAACCCACUGCGAGAGGGCCCCUUUGAGAAUCUCCCUCCUCGCACUCAGGUGGAACUUCUGCACCGGUUAUGCGACUACCGCCUGGAUGCUGCCGAUGUCUUUGACCUGCUCAAGGGACUGGAUGCAGACAGCCUGAGGGUUGAACCACUGGGGCAGGAUGGAAAUGGAGCCCUCUACUGGUACUUUUACGGCACCCGUAUGUACAAAGAAGAACCAGUCAAGAGGAAAGCAGAGAAGAUCAGUGAACCCUCUGAACUAACAUUACCAGAGAAAAAGAAAAGGGGAAGACCACCAAAGAAGAAAAAACUGGAAGAACCUCAGUUAAGUGAGGUGGAAACUGAAAUGACAGAAGUAAAGACAGGAAAUGGGCUGGAAGAUUUCCGUCCAAGCACAGGCCGUAAACGAGGAGCUUGGUCUCUUGUCUGUGAUACAGAGGAACAAUGGGUCCUUCUGGCAGAAAGCAUCAAGGACAAAACCUCCCCACAGGACCGCCACCUCUACCGUGUCAUCAGCCAGAACUUCCUGCCUGAGAUCAGCAGCAUGAUUGAGCACAAGGAGCGGGAGCAGAAACAGAAGUUACUGGACCCAACCCCAGUUAGCACAUCACAGCGGUUCUCUGAAAAACACAUAAACCAAGAGGAGGAGGACAAUCUGAAGGCUUUAGGAGACGAGGACAGAAAGAAAGAUGAAGAUUUGGACAGGCAGGUCCUGCUGGCCGAGCAGCGACGAGAAGAGGAAAGGCUUCUGCAGGAAGAACAACAGAGAGAAAAGAUGGAGAAGAUCAAAGCUGUGGAGGAGCGAGCCAAGAGACGGAAGAUGCGAGAGGAAAAGGCCUGGUUGUUGUCUCAAGGGAAAGACCUUCCACCAGAACUCCUGAAUCUGGAGCCUUCUUCUCCCAUCCACAGAACACGCAAGAAUAAAGAAUUCUAUGAAAUUGAUGACGACUACACUGCUCUAUACAAAGUGCUUGAGGCCUUGAAAGCCCAUAAAGAUGCUUGGCCUUUCUUGGAGCCUGUGGAUGACUCCUAUGCCCCUAAUUACCAUGAAAUCAUCAAGACUCCCAUGGAUCUGUCCACCAUUGAAAAGAAGCUCAAUGAUGGAGAGUACGUUGCUAAGGAGGAGUUUGUUGCCGACGUUAAGCUCAUGUUUGAAAACUGUGUGGAGUACAACGGAGAAGACAGUGAGUACACUAUCAUGGCAGAGUCCCUGGAACGAUGUUUUAGCCGGGCCUUAUUAAAACACUUCCCAUCAGAGGAUGGUGACACAGAUGAAGAAUUCCACAUCAGCAGUGAAGACAAGGAGCGCAAGGACAAAAAGCGCAAUCGUGGCAGUAAACAUCUGGGACCCGAAAGUCUGAUCAAGGCGACUGAGCAAGUCCAACGUAAGCGAAACUUCCAGGGGGGCAAGGGCAGCACACCUUCAGAGGAAGAAGACGGCAAACUAACAAGACCACUUCAUCCCCCUCACUGGGCUAAUGGCCCCUCUCACCUACACGGCCAGCCUCCAAGCCAGCAUCACAUCCAUGAAGGAAACAUCAGGGGCAUGUACCACCCAGGGCAACAGCUCCGUCAUCCUCAUGGUCCUCAUGGUCCACACAUGUAUGCCCAAAGAAUGGCCAUGGAUCCCCGCUUUGCUUACCCAGCUCACAUUCCCAGGCAUGGAGACCCCAGUUUGAACCACUUGCCCCACAACUUUAACAUGCAGCAUCGCAUGGUUGAAGGACAUCACAUGGGUCCUAGAUAUCCAGUGGGCCCAGAUCCUAACCAGCAGCAGCCUCCACAUCAGCAGCAGCAUCCCUACAUGGGUCCAACUCAUGGCCCAUCUCUAGGCCCACGUCCCGUGGCCCUCCAGCCUGGACCUCCUCCUGAAGCCAGCAUGUACCCUUCCCACCACCGUCCAGAGGGCCACAACAUGCACCCCUUGGGCAACCGAUUCUCAGGGCCAGAAGGACCACCUCAGCACAACUACCCAGGGCUAAGGCCUCCUCGUAUGGGCCUAUCCAACAUGUGGACUGGUAUGAAUCACCAGGAGAGACCCAAUGGGAUGCGCAUGCAAGAUCCCAACAUGGUGAAUCAGCGCAACUUUAGCUAUGGUGGAGUUCCCCCUCCAGUGGGGCAUAAACCAUGGCCAGAAGCUGCUGGAUACCCCCACCCUCCUCCCAAUGCUCAGUAUCAAAUGUCUGCAGCGGUCAGUUCCCCAGGGCCAAUGUCCUCACGUCCCCCUGUACCCCACCCAGACCCCUCUGGCAGGACACGCUUGGCUUCCAUGCUGGAAAGCCCAGAGAUGCUGGCCCUGCAGCAGCUGUCAGCCUCUUCUGGACCCCCUGCUGGUCCCCCUCAUCAGCACAUGGGCAACUUUCAGCAGCCUGGGCCCCCAUCAGGAACUGGCAUCAUCCCAGCUCACCCAUCGCAACAGCCUCCCCCUGCCCCUGAGGUUCAGCUGCUGCGUCCUCUUAGAGACAAUGGGCCAGACAGCCAGCCUUCCCAAAAGACAGACAUGCAGCCCAAAGACACGACAUCAGAGGGCAAAAUGUCUGCCAACAACAUUUCUGAUGAAGCUUCAUCAAACAAAAACACUGUUUCAAUUCACCAAGAGCACCGAUCCAUCCCUAGCCCCACCACAGGACACCACACUGGGCCAGCAGAGAGAAUGCAGAGCCCCCCAGCCCCUAACUCAGGCCAAUCACAGGAGAAUCCUUCUGGACCAGGGCUCCCACAGAGUUCAACAGAGAGCCACAAGCAGGACGAGGGCCAGAAACUAUCUGCCAACCACUGUCCCCCUCAACACAUUGGUGCCACUCCUGUUUCAUCCCAUCUCAGCACAAGUAACAGCAGCUCCGCUGAUCAGAACAGUCCACGGCACAAAGCUCAGAGCCCCGCACUUCUUCGUCACAGUGUACCGCCACAGCAUGUUGCAGCAUCUCAGAAUUCACCUCAGCAAAUGUCAGAGAACAACUUGCCACAAAUGCAGAGUGCCCAUCGGCAAAGUGAACACCAGCAUAAUGUCCAAAAGCAGCAGCAACCUCAGUCAAAUCAGAGUACCCAUCCUCAAUGCCACCCUCAGAGCUCUCCCCAGCAGACGGCCCAGAACACACAGCAACACAAUUCUCUGCUAACUCCUCAUCAAGUCCCCCAAAACGGUUCUCCUCAACGUCCUACACAGAACAGCCCCAUGCAUGGGAUGCCACAGAGUGCCACACAAGGAGCCCAGCCUGGACCCCCUCAGCCAGCCCCUCUCACCUCUCUGCCACCAAGUCAUCCUACCCCACUAUUACCCUCCCACCCUAGCCCAGCAGACCAUGGAGAUCAAAGACCUAGUGAGCCUACAUGUAGCCCGGACACAGAAGGACCUGCCGUUCCUCCGCAGCAGUCUACAAUGAAAUCUGGCCCUCCAAAUGGUAUUUACAAACAGCAGGCUUUCAGUCCCAAUCAGCAUCAAACCAUGCUUGUGGGUAGUAACCCAGGUAUGCAGGCUCAGAGAGGGCCAGCACCUACUCACAAUCCAGCCAUGCCUCCACAGUCCCAAGGCCAGGCAAACGGACCCAUGGGUCCGUAUGGCAUGGGGAACCAUCCACAUCCACACUACAGCCAGACAAACAUGACCAGGCCUCCAUCUACUCACCACCCUUAUCACAACCAGGCCAUAAACCCCCUCCACAAUCCUGCUCACCACCCCGCCUACCACCAGCAGGGAGGUACUGCCUACUCCUACCACAUGCCAGGCCAACAACACCCUCAGGCCCACCCCAACAUGUACCCACCUCACCAGUACCAGCAGCAACACUACUACCCUCAACUUCAUCCCCAAGCACAGGCCCAUAAUCAGGCUAACAGUAGAGGGAGUUACUCUCCAGAAGAGUGGCAUCGGCCUCAUUAUCAGCCUCGCCAGCCGAUGCCACCCAGUGCCUACCUACCUGUAGCUAGUGCUAGAGGCAAUGGUCAGUUGAAGGAGAGCAGUGUGUCACCAUUGGGUUCUGAGGGCUCCAGUGGUGCUAGUUUGGUGUCCCCUGGCCCUGUGUCUGAAGUAGUGCCACAUCCUGGAGGCCCAGAAGAGGGGAAGUGUGAAAGCAGGGAGCAGGCCGGUGGAGGCAGCCCAGCAAAGCAAGCUUAUACAGAGAGCUCAGAGCGACCUGAAAGUCCUAAAGAAAUCCUGGACCUAGACAGUCACAAUGCUGCUGCCCGCCGCCGUAGCACCCAGCAACUUCACCAACAACGCCCCCCUGCCUCUGCUGCACACAUGAUGUCAGGCUUCAUGUACGAUCCUCGUGCCGUGCACCCUGGGAUGCAGCAGGGCGGCGUUCCUCCACCCCACAUGAUGUCUCAGGUCCGUGGAGAUGGCAACCCUUACCGUGGCCAGCCAUACCCCGACCCAGGACGCUAUGCUGCCCAAAGACCUCACCCACACCUGAUGGAGGCUCUGCAGCGGCCCCAGCAGCUGCCCUACUCUCCGGGACAGACACGCAUGGCCAUGUACAGACACCCCCGGCCUGCAGGGCACUUCCAGGGAAUGAUGAUUCAGCAGAGAGGCCUGGCACCAGAACACUUCCUACACCCAGGGCAACAGAUGAUGGCUGCUCCAGGUGGCCCGAGCACUAAACAAGGAGUGUGACAACACCAUAUCAAAGCACGUUAUUAUCGAAGAACAUCUGGAAAAAGCAAAGAGCUGAAAGGAAGAAUAUGUGGGCAUGCAGACUGGGUUAACAGAGAUUGGAUAUGGGACACUUUGCUCCACAUACAUCCCUUACUGAUUUUCUUACACUGGACUAAAACUUUUGGCUCUGUUUUGCCCACCACUGGACUUGACCAUCCAACGAUGAUGAUAAUAAUGUGAAAUGUUAUUGAGCCCUCGAGUACAAUUCUCUCUAAGCCUGCCCUUCUUCACGUACUGCUCUGGGUGCAGAUAUCCAACAUGAGCAACCGAAUGAGGAUCCUCCAGCUGAAGGGCAGCUUGUUUAACCACUCAGCCAACCUGCCAAACACAGGGGACGCUGCCUUCAAGAACACUGGACAGCCCUCUCCUCUCUAAGCCAUUGAAAUAUAAAUGGAUUAAAGGCAAAGACCAUUCUCUGUUAAUCUACCAACAGAACAGAGGAGGGCUGUGAUAAAGAUGAGAGGGACUGUUUUUGUUUUGUUUGUUUUAAUUGCGAUUUCCUGUUCCAACCAUAUCUUUAAACUCAGGUGUAGAAAAGGAGGUACUAUGAGACUGUCACCCUAACCCAGUCAACUCACAGGCCCCUUGCAAUUGCCUUGGUUUCCUUUUGUGAAUGUAUGAGUGAAUGUGUAGAUAAAAAGGUGUGAGCGGCGGAUUAGCUGCUGCUGAAAAGACACGAACACUGAUAAUUUGUCUAAUCAUAAACCGUCCUGAAAAGAAGUCCUGUUACUGUCCAUUUUCACCCCAACUCUAACAGUGUUUCUCUAGUUCUGGAGUAAACACACGGUAUAUGCAUCUCUCAAAGCGGCCUUCAUUGUUAAGAAUGUCUUUGACUAGCAGAGAGUGGACUGGCAGAGAUGGCAGUUUGUAUAUGAUAGUAUCUCUCUGUUAUGCACUAUGGAUUUUGGUAGUCUAGACAUUCUGGAAUUGAGUGGCCUUGGAUAGUCUUAUCUUUAGUCACAUAUAUGUAUGAAAUUGUCUCCUUACCUCUCGUCCCAGACAAGGAUAUUGUAAAAUUGUCAGACGGUGACAUGUCCUUCUAGCUGGUAUAUGCACAUACACAGAACAAACGCAUACACAUGAAAUCCUGCUGUCGUUUUUGUUUCAAAGUGUGUACCAUUUGUUGCAUUCCACCUCUCAAGUUUGUAGCAUUAGUUAUUUUGUUCAUUCACAGCUCUGCCCUUUGCAUGCUUGCUUCUUUGAGUGCUUCCUCUUCCCCACGUCAAUACUAAACGAAUCCUCAGGGUGUACAGUUUCUAUAUACGGGUAUUUUUCUGCAUUAUUCGAAGGAGGAGCAGCAUAAGGAAGAUGGGACUGCAACUGUGGCUAAUCAAUCCACCUCAUGUGAAGAACUUCAUUUUCAAGGGUCUGUAUUCAUCGUCCUUAAUAAUAUUUGGCUGAGCACACUGCCAGUUUAUAGGACUUUACCCCCCCCCCCAAAAAAAGUUCUUUUUUGAUUUUCAUCAAAGUUGGUUAGAAGUUAGAUGGAUCCAAUUUGAGUUAUUCUACAUUCCUGUUGAUCUGGUGACACAGUUUGUCUUCAUAAUUAAGAUCACAAUCUACCUCAUCUAGCCAAUUGGUGGCAUUUACAGUCCCUCCUCUUCCUCCCCUGCUCUGCCAGACUCACGUGAGUCAAGAUUUUAUGACCAGCUGAUGAUUUCAGCACCGCUUUUUGAUUUCUAGGCUCUCAGAACUGAUAAUAAAAAGGCCUUACAAUCCCUUACCAUCUUGGUGUCAGGUUGCUGUGUCAAAUGAUGGCGCUGACUGGCCGUCUCAACAAGAUGCUGCCGUGCGAUUACUCAGCCGUCAGCUUGACAUUGACAGAUGUUCUCAAAAAAAAAAGCAAUCCCUGAAAUUCAUCAUUGGAGUAUGAUUGACAAUAUUACAUCAUAUGUCUGAAACAGGACUCCGUACAUAGUUGUACAGAUUGCAUGUCUUCCUGCCUACAGGUUGUUGAAACUAGACAAAAUAGUCUAGUGUCUGUAAUAGACCGCAUAGAGUUUGGCGGCAUUAUGGUGGAGUUCCUUAGUAAUGGGUACCUAAGGCAUUGUAAGGACAUAUUUGAGGAAGGAUGAUGGAAUAGGAAAGUGCUAGAAACUGUGAGACAAUGUGUCACACAAGACUUGUCACGGAUGACUUGCUAUUUUGUUAAAAUAGGGAAUUGUCUCAAUAUUUAGUUGGCCUAAUAGGGCCACUUUGGAUGUAGUGUGUUCACUUGUGCUGUCUAAUGUAUGAAGGACAGUGUUUAUUUUAACGGUCUGUGAGGUUGUGAUACUGUCUUAUGGUGUACAUAUGUUGUGUGUGGUGUGUGUGUGAGCGUGCGUGUGUGUGUAUGUUUCUGGUGUGUAGAAUCGGCACCAGAUGACCGUAAGUGUGCAUUCAACCCUCACUUUUUUUUUUCUCUGCUGUCAUCUCUCUGCACUAGUAAAAACCAUUUAGACGUGAUUUAAAUGUGAAUCAUAUUUAUUUUUCCUCCUAAGAAUUUUUGUACAUUUUUGGACUUGUUUUAAUAUAAAUGUGGUGUAUGUUUCUUUUUUUUUCUUUUUCUUCUUGAUGUUGUUUUUAAGCAGUUGUCUUUACCUCAGUAGCAUGGUGGCAUUGGAAAAAAAAAAAGACGUUUCAUUUUUAAGUGACGUUUACAAGUUCUUAUCUGACUGACAUAGAUUAUUUUGGAAAUGGACUGGAGUAUUUUCUAUACUGUACAUUUCUUAGAAAUAAAUAACUUUUCUUGAG